AUGCCACCAGUGCCUAGCAGAGCUAAAGUUUAUGCGGAUGUGAACCCAAAUAAACCUCGCGAAUAUUGGGAUUAUGAAGCACAUGUAAUUGAAUGGGGUAUUAUUGAUGAUUAUCAACUCGUUAAAAAAUUGGGACGCGGAAAAUAUUCCGAGGUCUUUGAAGGUGUGAAAAUGAGCACAGAUGAGAAAGUCGUCGUUAAGAUUUUGAAGCCUGUGAAAAAGAAGAAAAUCAAGAGAGAAAUCAAGAUUCUCGAAAAUCUUAAAGGUGGAACGAAUAUAAUUACGCUACUUGAUGUUGUUAAAGAUCCUAUUUCAAGAACACCAGCUUUGAUUUUUGAACAUGUUAACAAUUCGGAUUUCAAACAACUUUAUCAAACAUUGAGUGAUUAUGACAUCCGUUAUUAUCUCUUUGAGCUACUCAAGGCUCUUGAUUUCUGCCAUUCGCAGGGAAUUAUGCAUCGAGAUGUGAAACCACAUAACGUGAUGAUCGACGCAGAGAGACGAGAGCUUCGGUUAAUUGAUUGGGGUCUUGCUGAAUUUUACCAUCCACGACAAGACUACAAUGUUAGGGUCGCAUCACGAUAUUUUAAGGGACCGGAACUUCUUGUCGACUACCAAUGCUACGAUUAUUCAUUGGAUAUGUGGAGUCUUGGAUGUAUGUUGGCCAGCAUGAUCUUUAGAAAGGAGCCUUUCUUCCAUGGACAUGAUAAUUAUGAUCAGUUGGUGAGAAUUGCCAAGGUUUUGGGAACCGAUGAACUGUACGAAUAUGUUGCGAAGUACAAUAUUGAACUUGAUCCGCGUUUCAAUGACAUUCUUGGAAGGCAUUCAAAGAAACGCUGGGAACGAUUCAUCCAUGCUGAAAAUCAGCAUCUGGUUACUCCAGAAGCUCUUGAUUUCCUUGAUCAUUUGUUGCGCUACGACCAUGCUGAGCGGUUGACAGCUCGCGAAGCAAUGGCUCACGUGUAUUUCAAACCGGUUGUUGAUAAUGCUGGUGGCGCAGUGAACGGCAACGGCCCGAUUAGCGUUGAGAUUGCAGACGACAAUAAUGGCUCGUUUGCUUAG